ACCAAACAAACACAUACAUCGAUCAGACAAUAAAAAACUUAACUAAACCCUAGCUAGACAUCAGAUCUCAUGGACAAGGUGAUGAGAAUGUCGUCAGAAAGAGGAGUGGUGAUCAUCACGAAGAGCUCAUGUUGUCUCUGCUACGCCGUUCAGAUCCUGUUCCGUGACCUUAGGGUUCAACCAACGGUCCACGAAAUUGACACCGACCCCGACUGCCGUGAGAUCGAGAAGGCUCUUCUCCGGAUAGGCUGCUCCACGGCGGUACCAGCUGUCUUCGUAGGUGGCAAGCUCGUUGGUUCCACCAAUGAAGUCAUGUCCCUCCACCUUAGUGGCUCUCUCGUCCCCUUGAUCAAACCUUAUCAGUCUCUCCUUUACUAGCUAACUGGACCAAUCAGAGAUCCUUCGUGACAAUAAAAACCCUUAUAGCUAUGGUGUGCGCUUUUCUUCUGUCAUAUCACAUAUGUAU